UGGUAUCUGGUUUCACGGUUUGGAGAGUUUAUAUGUGUGAGGUCUCACUCGUACCGGCUCAAACACGGUUGCCUUCAGAGCCGAAGAUUGAAGAGGUUGAAAUCUCUUUAUUCCCCAAGUGUUGGACUCAAGAAGGCAAGAUCAUUUUGGAGAAAGCUUUCAGAUUUUCACACGUCUUUUCUGGCUGUAUCCUUUGACGGAGGAAUGGCCAUACCUACCAUGUUUCAUUCUAGCAGGCUUACAGAGGUGAAUGAGACGACCACAACGUCGGGCAGUGAGUGUAAAAAACACCCUGGGGUCCAGACAAGAGCUCUGGAUGAACUUCAGACGUUGGACACGGAGGAUGAUGAAAUAUUAUACAUCAGUCCAGAGCCAAAAGGUGGGGAAUGUCAGACAUUUGACGGUACUAGUAAAGAAGACAGCAGCGUUCAAUCUUACAUCAGCAAUAGGUCUCUCUCAGACACAUCGUGCACUUCAGUCGAGGAAGAGAAAAAAUCUACAGCUCGGCCCCUCAGGAAACAUCACCGAAAGCACAGAACGGAGACCAAACGUGUAAGAAAACCCAGAAAUACCUGUAGAGGACCUGAUGAUAAGCAAGAAAGAUGUAAGAGUGCUGGAUCAAAACGUCGCAAUGAUCCAAUGUUUUCCAAAAUGAAAGUCCAGGUCACUCAAACCCCAGACGCCCAAAACGAUCAACGAGUCAAUCUCUGGGAUCAUCCUGAAGAAGUCCACCCUAGCAUUACCUGUUUAUGUCUUCAUAGACUGAAGUUAGACUUUCCUUCAACCAUCGAGUCUCACAGCGUGAUAUCUGAACCAAAGUCCGACUCUGCGUAUAUUUAUGCUGAAAGCAUCAAAGGCUUUGAUUCGACUUGCUCUACCUUUUUAGCAAACAGUGAUCCCCAUGCCGUAGUCGACAACAGCAAUGGACAAGGCCCUGUAUCUGUCUGGAAUGAAAGACUCAGUCGGGACUCUGUGAAUUUGUACAUCUCGAGUGAAAAUAAAUCGAGUUCUGGUUGCAGUACAGAAGCUACGGCAGGCUCAGAAUGUUACGGUGACGCGUUUAACACCACUACUGAUGACUGUGAUAUUGACUCUAAUUGUAUUUACACAGACUGGGAUAGGAGACACAGGAGUACAGUAAGCGACUACCGUUGCAGUCUGGCCGAGGCCGAAUGGGGUUCAGCAUCAUCCAGUUGCAAUUCUGACAGCUCGUGCUACACCACUGACGGGGACGAGGAAUCCUCGUACUGUACCAUAGACAGACACACCUACAGCUCUGAUUCGGACAGCUGUGUUUUGGAGAUUCCCUGUGUCUCGCCUAUUAACAGUAUUGAAAAGAUUCACUUUGAGUCUCCGGCAGAACACAAGGAAGAGUUUGUGCCGGAUUGUGAUGAUUUGACACCGGAUACCUUAGAUGUCUGCAGAGAUAGAGAGGAUGAAAUGAAUUUAAUGUUUAAUUCUGAAUUGUGCUCCAAACUGAAUUUGGGGGAGCUGGAGGUGGGUGUUAUUCAAACCGACCUCUGCCACUUCUCUGAAAUUUUUUGUAAGAGGAUUAAAGAAGCAACAAUGGAGAAAGUCGCAGAGAACAUUUCUAUAAAUGAGGGAUUCCUGUUCCACCCUAAACAGUUUCUCCAAGCAAAGAGCUCCAAAUACCGGGAGGGUCUUGAAUACUCGGUUCUCCGUCACAUCCAGAACGGCUCGUACGGCGACGUCUUCAGCAUCCGAGACAAGCAAACAGGAUUUACAUGCGCCUCAAAGAAGAUUCCUCUGUGUAGUUUUCGAUGGGAGGAGGUGGAAACGUGGAGCAGACUGAAUGGUCCUCACGUCCUCCAGCUGUAUGGAGCGGUUAGGGAAGGACCCAAUGUGAUGCUCUUCAUGGACCUAAAAAGAGGCUCUUUAGCUCAGGUCCUGAGAAUGAGGGGUCGUAUCUCUGAAGGUUUGGCUCUUUAUUAUCAUUCUCAGGUGGUUCGGGCUCUUGAACAUCUGCACAGUAGAUGUGUGGUACAUCUGGAUGUAAAAGCUGAUAAUGUUUUACUGUCUGAAGAUGGUAGACAGUGUUACCUGUGUGAUUUUGGGCUUUCUGAAACGCUCAACCAGGGUGGAUACAGCACCAAAAUUUUCCGAGGUAAUGUUUUGCGUGGCACAGAGUCUCAUAUGCCGCCUGAGGUGGCGAGAGGAGAUCGGCGCUCGGCUAAAGCGGAUGUCUGGAGCAGCUGUUGUAUGUUACUGCACAUGCUCAACGGACAUCAACCCUGGACGCGAUACUUUCCUCAUCCACUCUAUCUGAAAAUUGUGAGUGAGUCGCCUCCUUUAUGGGAGAUUCCACCUGACUGUGACCCCCUGACCUGUGAUGUCAUCAAAGCCGGACUGGUUAAGGAUCCGAGAGACCGACACUCUGCAUCCGAACUGUUACAAAAGACUCUUAAAGCCCUCAGAACAGUUUGUGGGCUAUCUGGUCCUGGACCAAAUUUAACACCAACAUUUGAGGACUGGCCAAAAGUGUGCUUCUAUCACAAUUCUCAUGCCUCAUCUAACAUGGCGACUCAAAAGCCCCCAGAGUCCGCUGUCAAAACAACGACUCCUGCUGUCCCAGAGGACCUCUCUGCACCCAAAAUCCACUGGGUCAGCACAUGGAGAGAAAGAGCAGCCGAUGAGGACGAUGAUGAUUUAGACUCCACCGAGAAAGACUCGGAGGAGGGCGAAUGGUCAGAAGAUAAAAUGAACCAUUGGAUGGAGAGAUACUGGGGUGAGGAGAAUAACGACAGAAAUGUUGAACAAAUCCAUGCAGAUGUGAAUGGAGACACUGGACUCGAAGAGGCAGACACAGCUAAGGUCACGAUCUCCAAGCAAACGAGAGAUUGGGAAGAUGGAAAAGAUGCCAUAGAAAGAGAAACUUGUGGCAUGGUUGAUAAUUUAACAGAAAAGAGAGUCGUGUUUAGAGCUUGUGGUGAAAAUGGUCUCAUAGAGGAACCGGAGAGCUGCGAUGUUCAGAUCAGAAGCUUUGUGGACGAUGAAGAGUCCGAUGAAGAGGUGGAGAGCGAUCUGGAGAGUCUCAGAGAACUGGGCAACGACUGGACGCAGGAGGAAAGGGAACCGUUCUUACAACUACAGACACUUUAUCUGCCUAAAGAACUUCAUCCGCAAAGUGACGACACCUUCUCUGAUUCUGAUGAAGAGUCGGUCACACUGAGGAAGAGCGAGCAAAAGGUGGCAAAUGAGUCGAAUGAACCACAAAAUGUUACCUGCGACUCUGAGCAAGACCUUUCUGAGGAGGAUUCUGAUGAUCUGAGCUCAGGGGUUUUCUCCUCAUGCAGCAAUACAGAUGCUCAAAGCUUCAAUGUUGAUUGGUCUGUGUCAACCAAUCAGACCUCUUCUUGCUACUUUGAGGGUCUUGGUGUAGAUAUAUGGGUUGAAGAUAUAAGCGGUGAGAGUUUAAAGAUCAGAGAGAGACCUCAUGUGAAAAUCGGACAUGUUGCUGUAGGCAUCAGUGAACAGAUAUCUAUGAAAGUCUUCAGUCUGGCUACCCUGGACGGGCGUCUGGUUCCUCCAGAUAUGGAGGUCUGUGAGUCGGGCAUGUGGCUCCAGUGUGUUCCUGCUCCUGAUGGAAGCUCCAGCUGGGAUUGGAGGGUCAGAGAUGGGAAACUUGAGCUCCAGGAAUAUGAUGAACAUUCGGAUACCUGUUCAACAUUACCGCUCUAACAAGAAUGACCUUAACAGACAAAACACAGGAGUUGUAGACAUCCAAUACCUCUUUGUUUUAGCUUUAGGAUACUUACUUCAUUUAUCUUUAUGCAACGUUAGCUGCGAGUCAUUUCUAUUAAAUUAAUUUCAUGCAUUGGGGGUUUAUUUGAGACACACUAUUGAUAUAUUUAAGGAGGAGGAGUUCUUGCAAACAGAUUUUUUUAAUCUAUAGAAUUUAAAAAUAAGUAAUAUAUAAAAGAUGUACAGUAAGUUGGAGAGUUAUACAUAGUAUAAAACUGUAAAAAUAUAAAUGUUUACGUUAUUUUAUAUUAUUAUAUGGAUGUUUAUUGAUUGUACUGCUGUGAGUUUAAUGCUAUUAAAGACAUCAGGGUACAAAAUACCAGUAUACAAGAUUUAUAAAUGACAGAACGGCCUUUCAGUUUUUUUUCUGGAAAAAGCCGAGCUCUUGGAGGCGUAUGGUGGGCGGAGAUAAAGAGUUACUAGUACGCGCAGCCUUUGCAUACUAAUCCAAUAGACAUCGAUGUAAGUAAAAUGUUCUCAAAGAGCAUCAAUGGUCCGAUUCACAAUUUAAUAUUUUCUUUGGUGUGUAAGUGUGUAUUAGUACAUGUUAUCGAUAUGCAAAAGGUAUAAACCCUAAAGUAAACGAUGACGCGAGUUAUCAUCUUCAACAUAAGUCUCUUUUCUUAAGUUGGACUACAACAAACACACAGAUUGUAGGCAGUAGUUUACUUUCUGGGAUUGGUGAUGUAGUAAAGACCGACAUUAUCAUAAUUCCUCCCGCUUCGGACUCACAGCCUGCAAGUUAAAGGAAUAGUCUACUCAUUUUCAAUAUUAAACUAUGUUAUUACCUUAACUAAGAAGAGUUGAUACAUCCCCUCUAUCAUCUUAGUGCGUGCACGUAAGCGCUGGGGCGCGCUGCAACAC